AUGAAACCGCCACAGUUUCAUGAGGGAUUGAAUAUGUUGAAGGCUAAAACAUGGGUCCUUGGCAUAGAAAAGCUGUUUGAAGUGUUUCCUUGUCUAGAAACACAGAAAGUGAUGCUAGCCACUUUCAUAUUACAAGACGAAGCAAGGAGGUGGUGGAUGUUGAUUUGGGAGGAUAAUAAAAAUAUAGGCUGGGCACAAUUUUUGAAACUUUUCUACGACAAAUACUUUCCGCAAUGUGUUUGUGAUAGGAAAGUAUCAAAGUUCAUGGAAAUGAAGCAAAAUAGCAUGACAGUAGCCGAGUACGAGGCCAAGUUUACUGAAUGGGCUAGAUUUGCACCACACGUGGUCGAUACCGACUAUAAGAAAACAAGACAUUUUGAGGGAGGUCUUCGGGAUGAUAUCUUAGACAAAGUGAAUGUACUCAAGCUGGAAACCUAUAUCGAAGUGUUAGAUCGGGCCAUAAUAUUAGAAGCUAAUAUAGCCAUAUAG